CCAGGGGGCAUGCAUCCCUGUGGGAAGGAGCCCUGCACCCUCAACGCUGACUGCCUCUGCCGCUCCCUUGCAAACGGGCUGCCGGAGGAUUUCUCUGCUUUCUCCAGGAGCUCCCCAAAGCUGGAGCCCCGACCCCAGGGCAGCGCCUGGCCAUACCCCCGGCAGAGCUCGGCCCAUGCCCAGCGCAUCGCCAGGGCCAAGUGGGAAUUCUUCUACGGCUCCUCGGAUACCCCAAAGACAGGCUCCUCUGCCCCCAAAUCUGCUCCCCGGGCUGAGCCUCCUCAGAAGCCCAUCUGCCUGCUGCCCACCGAGUUGCCAGGGUCGACGCCUGAGCACAGCCUGAGCCAUGUGGAGGUGGAGAUAGAGAUGUCUCCUCCAGGCAGCCAGAAGCCAGGCUCCUGCGAGACUGGGAUUAUAAGGAGGACAGUGAAGUACUCUGAGACAGACCUGGACACCGUGCCACUGAGGUGCUAUCGUGAAACCAACAUCGAUGAUAUCCUGGCCGAGAAGGAGGAGGUGGAUUCGGCAAUUGAGAGCCAGAAGGACAGUGAAAGCAACCCAAGCUUUGGGGGCACCCCGGGCAGGAGGAACAGCACGCCGGAGGAGCCCCCCACCCUGGGCACCAGCUUCCCAAAGGACAGGCUGCGAGACGGGGAUGUGGAUGAGGACGAUGAAGUGUUUGAGGCAACAAGGAAGGAGAACAGGGACAGGAUCAUGGACCAAGACACACAGGGUAUGCUCAAGUCUCCAGUGCCCUUCCUCCUAGGGCACAGCCUCUCCAAGGAUGGCAUGGACUCUUUCAGUAAGCAUUUUGAGAGCAUCAUGGAGUCCCAUCGAGCCAAAGGCACAUCUUACACCAGCCUGGACUCCAUUGACAUCCUAUCCUCCCCAGCCCACACUCAUGGGACCUUUUUCACUUUUGACCUCCCAACCCUCACCCCAGAAAUACAGGGACAGAUCCGAGACAGCGCCAAGCUGAUUGAGGAGAACUUUGCUCCUCUGGCUCAUUUGGAACCAGACUCUGGGACCAGUUCGGCCACAGAUGCCCCCUGGAUGGAGAGGGAGGAGGAGCGGGGGAGACGAAGGAAGGGUGCUCGGCACAGCCCUUGCCACUCAGAGGACAGCUUUGGUAUUCCCUUGGCCUCCAACACCAGCCCUCACAAGCAGGAGUACCUCUGCUUUGGUGGCAGUGGAGCACAGGAUUCCUCCCCUGCUGCAGCCCUCAUUGCGUUCCCUGGCUUGGGGACCCGGAGGCUUGGGCUUUCCAUAGCACU